GCGUCGGCCGCCAUCCUUGUCAAUCACACUAUAGACGACGUGUAUGGGGACAGUUCCACAGGUCUCUUCCCCAUAUACUCCCCUUCCGACAAAUGGGCGGUCGGCUCCAUGUGCACAACAUGCAGCAUCUUUCCCGGAAACCUUGGAUUCAACGGGCCCGGGUUAGCUGCCGCGGAGGUCGACGUCACACAAGCCUUCAUGCAAACCUGGCACGACUCCACAUAUCUCGGCGGGCCUCCCGUCAACGUCUCCGUGUAUUUCGUCGGACAGGCCGUCUACGUCUACAACAUCAUUGCAAACGCAGUCCCAGAUAUAACAACAAACACCAGCCUCGUAUUCGCCCUUGAUGGCACCGUUGUCGGUGCCUACACAUAUUCCCCCGACCCGGCCGGCCCCAAACUGUUAUAUAACGUGCCGGUCUACGUCAACUCUAGCCUACCACCUGGAGAACAUGUCCUCACAAUCUCGGCGGGGAGCACGGAAUGGUCUCUGAUAUUAUUCGACUAUAUCGUAUACACC